CACCGUCUGUGACUGUGUUCGUGUUGUGUCUUGUGUCUCCUGUCUGUUCUGUCCUAAAAAAACACACAGGUUAAUUAUUUUUGGGUUUUUGAAUAGAUAUUAAAAAUGGCUUUAGCAGAUGUAUGUGGAAUGACGGAUUUUUUCCAGUCUCGAGAUAAACUUGUUGAUUGUGAAAGUGAAGUUUACAAUUCAACUGGAAAUUUUGCCAAUAAUAUCUCGUUAGCUCUACCACCGAUUGAAACGCCACGUUUUAAUGAGCUAUUCAGAGAUGACAACACUGUUGGAAAACCCGUCAAAAUCAGGUUUGAUCACGGUACUACAACUCUUGGUUUCCAAUAUCAGGGUGGAGUUCUGUUGGCUGUUGAUUCAAGAGCAACGGGAGGAUCCUACAUAGGCUCGCAAACAAUGAAGAAGAUAGUGGAGAUAAACAACUACCUGCUGGGCACACUGGCCGGCGGCGCGGCCGACUGCGUGUACUGGGACAGAGUGCUGGCCAAGCAGUGUCGCAUCUACGAACUGCGCAACCGCGAACGCAUAUCGGUGGCCGCCGCCUCCAAGCUCAUGUCCAACAACGUCUACUACUACAAGGGCAUGGGCCUCUCCAUGGGCAUGAUGAUUGCUGGCUGGGAUAAGAGGGGACCCCAGCUGUACUACGUGAACGACAGUGGGACGCGGACGAAGGGCCAGGCGUUCUCGGUGGGCUCUGGCUCGAUCUACGCCUACGGAGUGCUGGACUCGGGUUACAAGUGGGAUCUCACCGAUGAGGAGGCAUACGAGCUGGGGCGUCGUGCAAUCUACCACGCUACUUUCAGGGAUUCCGCCAGUGGUGGCAUUAUUCGAGUGUACCACAUCAAAGAAACAGGCUGGAUCAAAAUUUCCGAGCAGGACUGUAUGGAUCUUCAUUAUAUGUACAAGGAAAAAGAAAAAGCCUAAUUUGCUACGUACAUUUUCUCAAUUUAUUAAAUUGUAUUUUGCUAUAAUCAAUUGAUGUGAAUGCUAAUAAAUUUUUUCUAGUUAU